AUGAGUUAUUCGGCCAAUUUGACAUGUAAACAUGGCAUUUUGAUACCGGCUCUGGAAACGACUCCACGGAAUGCGAUUUUGUAUUUGGCUGGAUUAUUUUACUGUUUUUUGGGCAUCGCAAUCGCCGCUGACAUUUUCAUGUGCUCAAUUGAGCAAAUCACGAGUGCAACAAGAAAAGUAAAAAGACAAAAGAAAAUUGGAAGAUUGGUAUCAAAAGAAGGCGAAGAAGAAGAAGAAGAACAAUUCGAAUAUAUUCGGAUAUGGAAUCCAACUGUCGCCAAUUUAACAUUGAUGGCUCUUGGAUCAUCAGCUCCUGAAAUUCUUUUAUCAAUUAUUGAAAUAGUUGGAAACGGUUUUAAAGCAGGAGAUUUGGGACCUGGUACAAUUGUUGGAUCAGCUGCAUUCAAUCUGUUUUGUAUUUCCGCGAUUUGUGUAUUUGCUGUUGGACAGGCUACGAAAAGAAUCGAAAUGUAUCGAGUUUUCAUGGUUACUGCAUUCUUUGGAACAUUUGCGUAUAUUUGGGUGUUCUUGGUUCUGAUUGUAAUCACUCCGAACGUUGUUGAUGUCUGGGAAGCAAUACUUACAUUGCUCUUUUUCAUAGUUCUUGUUGUAAUUUCCUACGCUGUGGAUGCUGAAAUCUGGAAGAAAAAACGUGCAACGGAUCUUCAUGAAGAGCUUGAACUGGCCCAGCAAGAUGGAGGAAAGGAAGAUGAUAAACCAGAAAAACUAAGUAGUGAAAUCAAUAAAUGGGCGAGCACUUUUAGUUUAACUCAUGAGGAUACGAAUGCUGAUGUUGUUGAUGCGGUGCCACAUUUGGAUACGGUCAGAAGAUGGACUAGAACUAUUUCCCAAACUUAUCCGUCUCUAUCCGAAGAAGAUCAAGCAAAGAUUUUGGCAUAUAGAGUUAAUAGGAGAUUGAGCCAUGAUCGUCUGUACUACCGUAUCCGUGCCGUUCGUCAAUUGUCCUCAUCAUGGAGGAAAAGUGAAGAAGAGGAAGUUCAGAAGUUGGAAAAACUGGAAAGUACGGAUGGUGGAAAUAAAAAGAAGACACUCGUAGAAUUCUCCGCUCGCAUAUACCGAGUUGACUCUACUGAUGAGACUGUAUCCCUAAAGAUUGUUCGUAAAGGAAACAUGGAUUCCAAAUUCACAGUAAACUACUCAACGGUUAAUGGAUUGGCAAAGAAGGACUUGAAUUUCCUCUUCAAGUCUGAAACUCUUCAGUUCAGCCCAGGAGAGCUUCAUAAGACGAUAAACAUUCAAUUGAUUAAUGCGGCUAACUGGAGACCAAACGAUGUGUUCUAUGUUCAUUUGAAGAUUCAAGAUGAAGAUGAAGACACCAAGGUUCGACUGGGAGCAUGCAACGUGGCAAGAGUCAAAAUGCCGGAUGAGUCUGGAAUGAUGUUAGGAGGACCAGUUGUGGAAUUUGUUAAACCAAAUUAUAUUGUCAAAGAGAACGCCGGAUUCGCUAGGUCCUUUGUUACCAGACGAGGUGGAAAACUGAAGGAAUCCCUCCGAGUUCAUUACGAAACAGAAGAUGUGACUGCAAAACAAGGAGAGGAUUAUACAUCUGUUAAGGAUGGAAUAAUAACUUUCGAGGGACAAGAAUAUGAGAAAUACAUUGAUAUCGAUAUCAUUGAUGAUAAAAUGGAUGAGAAGGAUGAAGCAUUCAUUGUUGAACUAAUGAAAGUUGGAGCGGGAGAAGCAACAAUUGGAACAAGAAGAAAAACUACAAUCACUAUUAUUUCUGAUGAUAAUGUCUUGAAAAAUAUCACUAAUGUCCAUAAGCUCAUGGGACAUUAUAUGAGACAGCUGAGACCUGGAAAAGCCACGUGGAAGGAACAAAUUCUGAAUGCAGUUUCUGUAAACGCUGGAGAUCUUGCGAACGCUACAGUAUCCGAUUGUAUACUUCAUGCUCUUGCAUUCCCAUGGAAGUUUGCUUUUGCCUUCUUACCACCACCGACUAUUUUCUACGGAUAUCCAUGUUUUGUGGUGGCUCUCGUGGCUAUUGGAUUUGUAACUGCUGUUGUUGGAGAUGUUGCAUCGAUUUUCGGAUGUAUGGUUGGAUUGAAAGAUGCGGUCACUGCGAUCACUUUGGUUGCUCUUGGAACAUCUCUUCCAGAUACUUUUGCAUCGAAAAUUGCAGCCGAAAGUGACGACACUGCUGACAACGCUGUCGGAAAUGUGACUGGCUCAAACUCGGUGAACGUCUUCCUCGGAUUAGGUCUCCCAUGGGUCAUCGCCUCCCUUUAUUGGGCAUCAAAGGGAGAAUCAUUCCGUGUGGACGCUGGUGAUUUGGGUUUCAGCGUCACCGUGUUCAUGAUCUGUUCUGUUCUGUUUUUGGUUGUAUUGGUUCUUCGAAGGAAAUUGGCUCUAUUUGGACAAGGAGAGCUGGGUGGUCCAUUUGGUCCAAAGACUCUGUCUACACUGUUUUUCGUGGGCCUAUGGAUUACAUACGUUGCAUUGUCGAUUUGGAAUAUGUACAGAGUUGACCAUAAGUAA